CGCAGGUGCAAGGUCUGUCCAAACUCUCCCACUCUCUAACGGAAAACACUUCCCCACCAUAUAAUCUCUCCCUCUCUCUUUCGUCUUCGUUCUUCGUUCUUGCUUCUCUCUCUCUGGCUUGAUCACUUGCAGAGUUUUUAGCUAGCAGAGAGGGAGAUCGAUUUCUGCACAAGAGGAAGAAGAAGACAAAAUUAGAUAUCCAAACCCUAAUCACGCAUUAGGGUUUGAUUGAUUUUGUUUUGGUCUUAAUUUGUUUCUAGCUAGUUAGGGAGGAGAUAACAUGUGUAGUAGAGGCCAUUGGAGGCCAGCCGAGGAUGAGAAACUUCGAGAGUUGGUGGAGCGUUAUGGACCUCAUAACUGGAACGCCAUAGCUGAAAAGCUUCGAGGAAGAUCAGGGAAGAGUUGCAGGCUCAGGUGGUUCAAUCAACUGGACCCGAGAAUAAACAGGACUCCAUUCACUGAGGAAGAAGAAGAGAGGCUGAUUGCUUCUCACAGGAUCCAUGGAAACAGAUGGGCUGUGAUUGCGAGGCUUUUUCCAGGACGAACUGAUAAUGCUGUCAAGAAUCACUGGCACGUCAUGAUGGCCAGGAUUCGCAGAGAAAGGUCCAAGCUUUAUGCCAAGCAACGCCCUCAUCAUCAUCACCUCACUACAGUAACAUCAUCGGAUCCUGCUCCUGAUCAUCAGGAUCGUCGAACAAACUAUGAUCAUCAUACAAAGACGACGACUAGUCCUAUUCUUGUUCCUGCUUUUGUUCAGAAAUACUAUGACAAGAAUGUUUUCCCAGCUUAUUCUCUCCCUUAUAACCCUUUCCUUCAAUUCCCCAACAAGUUUCAUCAUCAACUUCAACGUCCAUCUUGCUGUUCAUCGAUUCUUCAUGAUAAAAGUGAAUCAGUUGAGUUCUACGACUUUCUUCAAGUGAACACUGAUUCGAAUAAUAGAAGCGAGGUGACAGACAAUGCGAGAAGAGAGGACGAGGAAGUGAAUCAAGAUAGUGAACAUCAUAAUAUUGUGGGAGGGAGACAGAACAAAGACGAUGGUGGUGAUGGUGCUCGGUUUAUCGAUUUUUUGUCUGUUAAUGAAACCUCCUAGCUAACAUAUGUUUCUUCGAUCGUUCGCAUGCACAAGAAGAAUUGAUGAUGCAAUUUAUACAUAUCUUGUAACAAGUUUAAGCCUGACUAGACCAAGACUACUCACCUUUAAUUAGGUCCAUAUAUACGCUUUGACAGGAAGAAUGAUGUAUUUAAGGAGAUAUAUACACACUUGUAAAAAGAAAUAUGGUUAAGGAAAGCUCUAUUUGUCAAGAUAUUGUAUGAGAGUUAAACUGAA